GCACAUGUUCGGUUGUCAAGAUCAACAAUACAAAGCUUGGCCUACAAAUCGGAUUUGUUUUACUGUGUGCUCUUGUCUGAAACUUUGAUAACACGGAUACGAUUCAGAUGCAAGUCGCUUGCCAGGCAUUUACACAAUCGUGAAUAUUUCAAAGUGAAAAAAAUAGAUAAGUUUCAAAAUGGGUCCACUGCCAAAAGGUAGCAGAAACAUCCACAUCAACAAGAGUCAUGGCCCCGACACCAACAUGAUGAAAUUCUACGUUACCCAGAAUUCCACCACACACGGCAGAUUCUGGGACAACUACAAGCCAAGGCAAGGCCGCCACACUGGGACUGGCUACAAAUCCAACUUCCGCCCUGCCGUGUACUACAGUCAAAGAUUAGAUGAAGUCGAUAAUCCAGUCAUGGGUCGCAUCUGUGGAAACAAUUACGUGAGCAUGACAACUAAAGACUUCAAGCCCUACCAGGAGAAUUCCGGCCUGGAACCACUGCCAAGGUCAGCACAUCAAACAGACUCCGGCUUUGUCAGACAAAAGCCAAUCACAAAUCCCACUGAAAGGGAGGUGAAAGGUGUUUUUGUAGACACUCGUGCGGCAAGCGCGCCGUCAGACAUCUUGCCGCGAGGCAAACCUCUUCUUCACAAACUCAAGCCUAAGGACCCUGUUGAACUUGAGAACAAUGGCUAUGGUCCCAAAUCUAUGAUGUCUGAAACACACGAGAGGUUCAAAGGUCUUCGAGGCAAUAACAUGGAUCUGAGCCAGCUGACGGUAGGGCCUCAGGAGGAGACAGGAUUCACCCACAGCUACAGUGUGGAGCCCGUCACGUUCCAGCCGGGGUCGGCCUUCAAGAACGAGCAGCCCGGUUAUUUCACGGGUCGUCCGACAGGCAUUAGCAUCAUGAAGACCAGCUUCCUCCCGACAGAAUACCCCCGGGGGAAGGAGCCUCUGCCAAACCUAGCGGCGCCAUCCGAACACGACUCUGGCUUCACUCGGGAGAGAGCCAAGCCCCUGUAUGUCCACAGGCGGAUGGGAGACGCCUAUGAUAAGGCAGGAGACAUCCCCAGCAUGAAGCUAGGUCAGACACUGAAGCGAGACCCCACAGAAUACAUCAACAUGCAGCACCCAGACAACCACUCCAGUGUGUCGAUGAACGUGUACCGUGGCCAGCAGAACCCUGCACCCAGCGAGGCUGGACGUCUGGGCCGGACAGCCACUGGGCAACAGGAAGCCUCCGGCUACAGCAACAACAGUGACCGGUUCAUCCAGACGUCGGAUGACCCACGGAGAUUCAUCACACACUACAUGACCAGGUUCAAUGACAUCACCCCCAUGGGUAUGGAACGUGAAGGUCACUGUCGGGGUGGCGUGCAGCACCAGAAACCAGAUGGGUUCACCAAGAGCACUGCCGUCCAUGGCAACGGUGCCGACAUCAACACCACGGAUACACUGCGGCGUCUCGAGCCAUAUGUUUCCAGGAGUAUUAAGGCAAGAGAUGUGUUUUUUGACGAUCAUCUCCACGACACCAAGUCUCACCGGCUCACCAUGUCAGCUGUGGCGCACUGAUUUCAUUCUGGAUGUCAAUAACACUGAAACAACAUGUCAGUCAAAACUGUGAUAUUGUCUUUAUUGUAAUCGAGUUGUUGCACGCUGUUGAUUUUUAUAGAAUUAUAGGAGAUCGUCAUUUUGUUAAAUUGUAUAUUUUGAAAUCUACGACAUUGGUUAUGCUAAGAUCUUCAAUAGAAGAUUGCUUCAGAAAAGUUAAAGUAUGUUGAUUAUGUAUAAUAUAUUUUGUCUUCAUACACAUAAGAAAUCAAAAGGUUUUAAGGAAUGCAAAUCAUGUAGGUACUCUGAUAUCUACAAUUUGAUACUAUACAUAUUAUAUUCUGCAUUGAAACCUUUUACACUUUCGUGCCAAUCAACUUUUCGAAGGUUUGGCUGUAUAAAUUUCUCUGUGCAAUUUUGGAAUAAGUAAAACUUCCUAUUGUGACUAUGCAAUAGAAGAAAAGCUCAGCAUUUGAAAUUUGUCAAUCAUUAAUAGUGAAACUGCUGUCUUUACAACACCAUCAUUUCCAUACGUCAUAAUGUACAUAGAUCUCAAGGUCAUAUCCUGUAUUUGUAAGUACUGUAUACUGUGUGAAAGUGUGAAAUAUCUUGUGUUAAAUUACACUGACAAUUAUUGUUUGCUCAAUACCGUAGUAUGCAUUAUUAUGUAGUUUGACAUUCUAUUUGAGAGAAACUGUUUCAAACAUAAAAUCUAUUUAAAAUCUGGGUGUUUGCCUCAGUGGUGUUUUUGAUGCUCUGUGAAGACUUUGUGUCAAACAUCAAGGUAUUUUUGGUUAAUUUCAAUACAAAUGUGAUCCAUCUUUGAUUUUGUGAGUGCACACAAACUUUCACAUCUGAAAUGUGGUUGCUUUCUAAAACUCUCCAUGCGCAGUUUGUUUAUCUUCUCUAGAUAACGUAAUGUGCCAAUUUAAUCUAACUCUUUGCUCAUUUGUGAUACUGCUGGAACCUAUGCAGGGGGAUUUAUUAUAUAUUUUUAUGAUCUUUAUUUAUAACUGUCUCUAACAUUUUAGCUCAGUUGUAAGAAUUCUUGAGAUCUGAUAGGAAGAUUUCAUCUUGAAUGUUGAAAUACUUCCUUAUUGUUUAGCUCAAUAUUAAUACGUUAUUGUUAAUCAUUUCAAUGUUCUCCAAAUGUACUUCUACACUGAUACUAUCACAUAAUUUACAAAAGGUAUGUCUUGUUCUGUCACACACAAACACAAUGCAUUGAUGAAGUUCAGUUUGUUAUUAAAGGAGGACUUUGCUCUGAGGUAUGGGCCCACUUGCACAAAGCGAUCUUAGCGCUAAGAUGAUCGUAACUGCCAUACUUUAACAUAGGCUUACAAUAGUUGUAGCACUAAGAUCGCUUUGUGCAAGUGGGCCCUGGUGUCCAGUUUCUGACAUGUUUUAGAUUCUGUGAUUAAUAUCAGUGUGAAACUGAGACAAUGUCUGCGUACUUUCUAUAAUCAUUUUGACAUCACUGGCUACUUUUAGUAAUCCAACUGCUGAAUUGAGUCACAGAAGCUUGCAGUGAGACUUAAGUCAAUUUGCUGGGGCUGCCAAGUUGCCAGUGCCUAGACUCCCUUAAGACAGCUAUGUGAAGAUAACUAGACAAAGUCAUGGAUGUUUGUCUCUACUGGAAUAAACUUGGUUUUUGUUACGUCUGUUGUAUGACAAUAAAUCAUGGAACACUUA